GUUUUUGUUAUAGUUAUUACCCUUAAAGUAUCAUUAUGUGCUGUUGGUUGAAUAAUUUGCUAUUUGUUUAACACUUCUGAGCAACUACGAAAAUAAAUUAUAAACGAAUGCGAAGGAAUAGACUUGUUGUGCCAAUCCUCAAGAGUGCUUGGGAGAAUACCAUCCCAAGCAAGCUUUAUAGACAUUCUAGAAAACUCUCUUCUAUCUAGAAUUCAGUUGGAGUCCUAUGUGACUAGGAUUGUUAGUACAUUUAUAUUACUGAAGUACUAGACUCUGUUGUUUGAUUGCAAUGUCUUAUAGCGUAAUGUUUAACUAAACUGCUUUAUGAUAAUUGAGACUAAAGGGGAUAACUUGUUACAGUCAUUGGAACCUCAGAGAGCAUGGUCACUCAAAAAAGCCAAGCUGAAAAGCCAUCUUCAUCAGCUGCAGUUGCCACUUCAUGUCGAAAGAAAAAGCAUGAAGAAGCUGAAUUCUUGGAGGAUAUCAAGGAUCACAUUGACGAGUUUAUAAAUGCUUCUAUGGAUGAACACAAAAUCUGCUUUCAGAAAACAAUUAAAAAGAUGUUCGGUUUGUCUAAGGUAGUUGCUGAAGCAAACUCCAAGGCUGCAAAAGAAGUUGAAAGUUCUUUGCCUCUUCAGACAGUUUUAAAAGAUUAAAUUUAUUAUUUUUGAACGACUAGGUUUAGCCGAGACUUUAACAUAACAGAUAGACGGCAGAGGGAAGAAUUUUUUUGGUUGUCACAUUACUUCCUUUUGAAUUGUAUGACUGUGUUGGGUUUUCAUUAUGAGUGGUACGCCUAAGAGAUCUCACGAAGAGUCUGUUCACCCAUCUUCAAAACACCCGCAGCUUGAAGAUGCGGCUGGUGCAUAUUCCAAAUUGGUGUCCUCGUCAGUUUCAAAUGACUUUCAUAUGCCUUAUGAUAUAGGUCAGGAUUCGCGGGCAGCAAAAGUACCUCGUGAUGCAGAUAGAAGAUCUCCUCUUCAGUCAUUGUAUAGGAUACCAUCAUCUUCUAAUGAUCCUCAUGCCGAUCAUCCUAUUGGUCCCGAAAACAGGUUAGAAUCAAGGGAUCUCCGGUUUGAGAAUCGUGAUACAAAAACAGAGAAGGAGUUGUUUGGAGAAGCAAGAAGGGAUAUUUUUAUUUAAAUUAGAUGAAUUAAAUGUUAUAAAAUGAAGAAUCAAAACUAUUGGUUCAUGUGAAUCAUAUAUUAUAUGUCAAAAUAUUCACUCA